ACCUCAUUCAUUGUUUAUUGUUUUGAUUUGAGCCCAGGUAAUACUGAGGGAAAAUAUGUGUACAUGCUUCUCUGAAAGUAUUAUAUUAUUUUAAUGAUGAAACAUGAUUCUCAGCAGGGAAGCAAAUGUAGCGCUAGUCAGUUUUAUAGGAUCUUGUGCUAUAUUCUUAUCGAUCGCAUUUUUGAACUUAUGGUAUGGGAUAUCAUUUCUACUCAGUAACAUUUUCAUUUUCACUUGCUCUUCAAUUUUCAUAUUCAUUUCGAUAAAUCUCAUAUACAAGGAGUAUGACUACCAGAUCGCUAUUAGAGCUUCGUUUCUGGGAUGUGUAUUUGCUAUUGGUACUUAUGUCAAGCUUGGUACACCACCCAAUUACGAAAACUUUGGAGUUUACAUGUGCAUUAUGUCCAUCUUUCACUACUCAGAAUUUUUAGUAUUAGCACUUAUCAGUCCGAAAUUAGUAUCAACAAAUUCAUUCGUUAUCAAUCAUAGUCCAGAGUAUAUUUUUGCUGCUACAUUCUCUUGGAUAGAAUUCUUCACUGAAACAUAUUUUUGGCCAAGCUUGAAGAGUUAUUUUAUUAUUUCAUAUUUUGGUUGUGCUAUAUGUAUUGCUGGAGAGCUGUUGAGAAAGACUGCUAUGUUAAACGCUGGUACCAACUUUAAUCAUUUGGUACAGUAUGAAAAAGCUGAGGACCAUGUCUUAGUAACUUCAGGAGUUUACAGUUUAUUCAGACACCCCAGUUAUGUAGGAUGGUUUUAUUGGUCCAUUGGUACUCAGAUAAUCUUGUUGAAUCCGAUAUCUAUUAUUGGAUACACCAUUGCAAGUUGGAUGUUCUUCAAGCAAAGAAUUUUCAUUGAAGAAAUAACUUUGCUGAAUUUUUUUGGGCAACAGUACUGUGAUUACCAAAAUAAAGUGGGUACUGGAUUACCUUUUAUUCGGGGCCAUCUUAUUUGAUGGAAUUCUGAAAUCUUAAGUGAUCUCAAAUGAAGAUUUUAAAUUUUGAUGCACAAUAAAUGAAAGUUAGUCUAUCGCUCCAAUUGACAAUACUGAUAAAAAAAAAUUCUUUAUAUAACUUCUACUAACUACGAUUUAAUGCAAACUAAACUUUCAAAAGAAUCUUAAGAUGUUGUUCAAGUAAUCAAUAAAGAUUAUUCAUCUUUA